AUGCACCGUAGAAUCGACACAUGCUUUGUAGACCUAUGUGCAUACUUGCUACUCUACAAAUAUGCAUUUGGUAAGCAUAAUGAAACUCAGCAAGUGAAGCACAAGCAUCUACCGCAGCAACUGCACCAUAAAGGGCUAACCUGCCUUGAACUCCUCAUUCCUACAGCGAAGAACGAGUAUAAUAUUUGUGAAAAAUUAUGGAAAGCAGCGAAAAACUAUUCAUCCUAUAUGAAAUUGGUCACAUGUGUGAGGUUAGCAUUGGGCAGUAAACGGUUUUGGCCUGGCAAGAUUCGCAUCUAUAAUAGAGCUCAUGGAUUUGUACGUGAUGGGUGGAAUACAGACCAAAUUUGGUCUCCCGCAGACUUCAUGUUCCAUGGUUGGAAGGCCAACGAGCUGCAGAAGUACCACCCGUUCAGCAAAGUCAUUGAUCCAGAAAAAUGUGGUGUUGGCUUACGUGGAUGGCACUGGAACAGUACGAAACGGAGAACUGCUGAUGAAGUGAAGAAACACUUGGGACGCGCAGAAAAAUUCUAUCGAUCUAUAUAUCCAGAAAUGGCGAAAAUCAUUCCAUUUCUGGAUCUCUCCAACAUCAGUAGCUGCUAUCCUCACUGUGAAACCGUCUGA